AUGGAGUCAGCAAUUGAUAUGUACUGGUUCCACAAUGACACUCCUACUGUCGUGACUCAGAUACUUCGCGACUUGGACAAGAAGAGGAAACUGGCUAUUGUAUUGGAACUGACUGAGCCUGCCUUUUUCCUGCCCGAGGCCACGGGUAACAGGCCUGUUGUGCUUCGGGGCCGCUGCACAUUGCUUGUAAAACGGCCGCUGAAAAUCAAACAGGUUGUGGUGGCCCUGGACGGGUUUUCGUAUAUCAGAUGGCCCAAUCGAGUUCGCGAAAUGGGAAGCGUUGUCAAUUGUGCUUUGACACUAUUUAAUUCGAAGAAGGACUCCAAGGCUCAGUUCCAGUAUCAGGUGAAAGAGCCUGAGAAACCCAUCACAGGUGUCACGGAAGUUGAAAUGUCGAAGAAGAAAUUCAACAAGCUUCGCGAAGUGGUUUACAAGCUCCAUCUGCGUUCCACAAAAUCCGUCCCGGAGCUCAAGCCCGAAUGUUUUUCACCUGGAAAGUACUCUUAUGAUUUCGAAAUGAUACUGCAUUCUGGCCUGCCGGAAUCUACAUUCGUUGAGGGAACGAUAGUUCGCUACCAUCUCAAAGCCAGCGUCAAGUGUCACUCCAUGCUCCGGGGGAUGUACAAAUCGACCGAGGUCGACGCUGUUCGCUGCCCUGCCGAUGCCUACGUCGAAGACUCCGUGGGCGGCAAUUGGCCGCUAUAUGUUGACGGCGUUCUGCAUGCAGAUAUUACCCUUUCCAGGAAAGGCAUCGCUUUAGAAGAUUGCCUUCCCGCCGUAUUCAAGUACAAAGGAUACAAAGAUACCAAGUUCCGCAAACUUCACGUCUUCCUGGUUGAGGACGUCAGAUAUUAUACGAGGGAUGGGACGCGAGCCGGUAAGGCUCCCUAUAAAAAGUAUCUCAUACAUGAGACGCGGAAUAACGACCUCAGACCGGAUGUGCACUGGCAACGAGAGGGUGAAGUCUCUGAAGAGGAGCUUAACCCCUCUGAAGCAAAAUCGACAAGAUUCCCUAUAUCGUCUAACAACUGUGACACUCCAGACGGCGCUGCUCUUCCCCCGAGCCAAACGAUUAGCUUCGACCUUGAGCUAAAGAUGCCUAAGUGCAAAUUACACAGAGGUGCCCCAGACUUCAGAUACAUGCACUAUGACACCAAACUUCGGAGUGUCGAGGUGUCACACUUCUUUGAGGUAAGACUACCCUGA